UGCACAUUGUAAUACAGUUCUCAUAUUAUUAAUUCAUUAUCGAUUACACUUUUUUCUUUAAGAUUUUUAGUUUAAGCUUUUCACCAUGUUCUUGGUACAAACAAAGGGCAUGCUUUGUCUGCUUUCAAGCUUGUGUCUCGUAAUGCUGUCAGGCGCUUCACAGACUGAGAGACGUCUGCUUGAGAAGCUGUUUAAAAACUACAACCUGAAGGUCCGCCCAGCCCAAACAGUGCAGGAGAGGGUCCAGGUGCGAGUAGGCAUGACCCUGUCCCAACUCAUCGGACUGAAUGAAAAGAAUGAGGAGAUGACAACAAAUGUGUUCAUGAAUAUGGCCUGGAACGAUUACCGGCUGUCCUGGGAUCCAGAGGAGCAUGACAACAUCCUGGUCCUCAGAAUCCCUUCGGUCAAAGUGUGGCGUCCUGACAUCUACCUCAUUAACAAUAAUGAUGGUCAGUUUGAUGUGGCUCUGAAUGUCAAUGUGCUGGUUUACAGCAAUGGCACAGUGAACUGGCUCCCCCCUGCCAUCUACCGCAGUUCCUGCUCAAUCAAGGUAACCUACUUUCCCUUUGACUGGCAGAACUGCACCAUGGUCUUCCGUUCCUACACCUACGAUGCCUCAGAGGUCGACCUACAGUACGCACUGAACGAAAGCGGGCAGGAAAUCAAGGAGAUCAUCAUCGACGAAAACGCAUUCACAGAGAACGGAGAGUGGCAGAUUUGUCACAAACCAUCUCGGAAAAACACGGGAGAGGGCCUCUACGAAGACAUCACCUUCUACCUAAUCAUUGAGAGGAAGCCCCUCUUUUACAUCAUCAACAUCAUCGUGCCUUGUAUCCUCACCAGUAUUCUUGCUAUAUUCGUCUUCUACCUUCCGCCAGAUGCAGGAGAGAAGAUGACGCUGUCGAUUUCUGUCCUGCUGGCACUCACUGUGUUCCUGCUCCUGCUGGCUGACAAGGUUCCCGAAACCUCCCUGGGCAUCCCCAUCAUCGUCAACUACCUGAUGUUCACCAUGAUCCUGGUGACCUUCUCAGUCAUCCUCAGCGUUGUGGUGCUCAACCUGCACCACCGCUCCUCCAGCACUCACGACAUGCCCCUGUGGGUCCGCAAGGUGUUCAUCCACAUUCUUCCUCGGUAUCUGGGAAUUCAGCGACCCAGGCCAGAGGAGCCACUAGAGGAGACCACCAAGAAUGACGCCCCAUCUCAUUCCAUGGAUGGUCGCCCAACUGAUCAGUACUUUAUCCGAAAGAUCAACCCAGAGCUCAUCAUUCCUUGGAACAGCAGGAGCGACAGUCCAGUACGACUCCAGAAAUACUUGGAUGGACAGAAUUACUGUCUCAUUCUUCCACCUGACCUCAAAUCGGCAGUCGCUGCUGUAACCUACAUGGCGGACCAGCUCAAGAGCCAGGAAGAGCACGACACGAUAACAGCAGACUGGCAGUACAUCGCUAUGGUGGUGGAUCGCCUCUUCCUCUGGCUCUUCGUGGUCUUCACCUCCCUGGGCACCUUGACCAUAUUCCUGGAUGCCAGCUUCAACUACACCCCCGAGGAGCCUUUCUCCUGAGGUGACCUCGCAUCGUCUUCAACAUAUCCAGGGAGGGGACAAAGGACAGAAGUAAUCCCCAUCUCUCCUACCCAUCUGUCCAGACGGACACAAAGUGCCUAGACACUCCUUUUCCCAACCGAAUACUGUGUGUCUGCCUAAACUCCACUCUGUCCCUAAUUUAAAAUGCACAUGAACAAUUUAGAUCCUGUUGUCUCCUGAGCUAAAGAGCUCGGCUCAUGGGUUUUGGAAGUAAAUGGGCAAAGUUCUCCCAUGCAGCACUAGAAAGAUGGACACUAUAUGUACCUCAGUGUCCUAUUUACACAGUGCCAGAUACCAGAAAUGCCUAUAAAAUAGUGGGUCAGGCCUCUGAAGACAAAACACCUUGCGAAGGAAGCAGAAGGUGUCCUGUGAAGAUCUGAAAUUUUCUAAACCCAUUCUAGCCUUCAGCUGAGGUGGUGAUAAGGGGAAUGUGUUGGACUGAACGGCACAUUCUACUGGUUCCACAGGUUUGCUGUAGGUAUCAGAUCUUGGGAUGCUUGCCCAAAGAAGGUAUUUUCAUUGCCCUUCAGAUAGACCAGACAUUUCCUUCACACAAAAGAACAUAUUCAUUUGUGCUUGUGUUUCUAAUAUUGUGGCCACUGGGUGUACUCCUUACACUUUAAUUGGAGUUUAGCAGCAGUACAGCUGUCCAUUUUUUUCCAACUGCUUUUAGUAGCUUUACGGAUGGCCCUUUUAAAGUUUGAAAUCACCCCCAGAUUCCAUUGUGAUAGUAUCCAGCUGUUGCCUGACACAAAUGCCCGUCACAUGUUUUUCUGUUGCAGUGCUUUGCAAACAUUCUCUGAAUGCUUUGCACUCAGGGUCCACUCGAGCUAAACAUUUUUUUAGCUUUCUGUCUCUGCCCCAGUCCUGAGGAUGUCUCUCUGUUCUCUGUGUUCUGAUGACUUGCAUGCAACUUUUUAAACUUGAUACCAUUAAAUUGUAACCUGGCAUUUCCAGCCCAGAGUGCGUCUAAUGCUUUUACACUCAAGAGUAUGUUUAUUGCAGCUGUUUCUCAAAGACUUCUCUCAAAACAGACAUCAUUCACUAACAUUCAGCUUCAAUAAAACUCAUUUGAAUGGA